AUGGGGAAGUAUAGGAAGAGGUUUAAUGAAAAGGCUCGGUCAGGGAUGUUGGCCAAACAAGCAGCUUUGAAAAAGGCUAGAAAUAAAGCAUAUUUCAGACAAUUAGAUGACGGAACUGAACCUGAAGAACCUCAACAAGUUGCAAUUGAAACCGAUCCAAAUGCAGAGAUAUUAAAACCUUUAACUGAAGCUGAAAAGGCCGAAAGGAAACGUAAACUUCAAGAAGAAUUAUAUUCUAUGAACGAAAAAGAAUCGAAAUUAUCGAGAUCUAAAAGGAAGAGAUUAGAUAAAUAUAUUGAACAUCAACUUAAAAGAGAAGAAAAGAAAGCAUUAUUUGAAAAGUUGUCCAAGACUAAGAUAGACACAGGACUACUCGCAUCAUCAAAGAAUCUUGGAAAGGGGAAACAAACGAGGAAAGAAGAAAUUCUUGAAGCAUUAGAACUUGAAAAUCAAGGAAGAGGUGAUGAUAGAACCAAAGAGAUUUUAUAUGAAGAACGAGAAGUCAAAGAUUGGGAUGAAGAUAAUGCAAUUGUAUUUCAUGAAGAUGAACCAGAACAACCAGAACAAUCAGAACAAGCUUCCAAGUUCCCCAGUUCUGAAGAUGAUAGUGAUGAUAGUGGUGAUAGUGAAUCAGACUUUGAAACUCCAAGUUCUGGAUUUGUAGAUAAUAGACCUGCCAAAUUUGGUGGCAGUGGUUCAGGAUUCGGAUUUUCUAACAUUAAGACAGUAGAAAAGAAACCUUCUGUGAAAAAGUAUAGUUGGAGAUCAAAAAUAGAGAAUGAUGAAGCGAAGAAGAGGAAACAAGAAGAUGAGCUUGAUUUUGAAUCCAGUGACGAUGAAGAUGAGGAUGAUGAAGACGAUGAUGAAGAGAAUGAAGAUCAAGACGAUGAUCAAGACGAUGAUCAAGAUGAAAACGAAGUUGAAGGUUCUGAUAAUGAAGGAUCUGAAGAAGACGAAGAAGAUGAAGAAGGUUCAGAAGAAGACUCUGAAGAAGAGUCAGAAGAAUCAGAAGAAGACUCUGAUGAUGACCUUCCAAAACUUUUAUCCAUGAAACCUAAACAUUCAAGCACAGCUGAAGCCUUCAAAGAAUGGGCCGAUCAACAAGUACGAGAAAUCGAAGGUAGGACAGAAAUGGUACUCCCGGAACUCUCUGAGGAACUCAAGCAACAAUACUCCAAAAGACAUGAUAGAGAUGAAGAUAUGGAUCACUCAAGUGAUGAUGAAAACUAUAUAAAAAUCAAUAAAGAUAGUCAACGUAAAGCAUUCUUUGUUGAAGUCAACAGACCAGAUGAAAUUCAAAAACUGAGAAUCGAAUUACCAGUAUUCAGUCAAGAACAUUUGAUCAUGGAAGCUGUGUACCAUCAUGAUUGUAUCAUAGUAUGUGGGGAAACAGGUUCAGGUAAAACCACCCAAGUUCCUCAAUUCCUAUACGAAGCUGGGUUUGGAAGUUUAGAUUCUCCUGAAUAUCCUGGAAUGAUAGGUGUUACUCAACCAAGAAGAGUUGCAGCAGUCUCCAUGGCUCAGAGAGUUAAAAAUGAAUUGGGUGAUCAUGGUUAUAGAGUAGGUCACCAAAUUAGAUUCGAUUCUACCAUCAAAAACGAAGGUACUAAAGAUGGGACUGCUCUUAAAUUCAUGACAGAUGGGGUUUUGUUAAGAGAAAUGAUGAGUGAUUUCUUAUUAACCAAGUAUUCAUCUAUUAUAAUCGAUGAGGCCCAUGAAAGAAACGUAAACACUGAUAUUUUGAUAGGUAUGCUUAGUAGAGUAUUGAAAUUAAGAAGAUCUAAAUAUCAAAAGGAUCCCCAAAAUUAUAAACCUUUAAAGUUGAUCAUUAUGUCAGCAACUUUAAGAGUAUCUGAUUUUGCAGAGAACAAGACGUUGUUCAAAAGUCCUCCCCCAAUUGUCAAAGUAAGUGCCAGACAAUAUCCUGUUAGUACUCAUUUUAGUCGUCAUACUAAUUAUGAUUAUCAAGAAGAAGCUUUCAAGAAAGUUUGCAAGAUUCAUCAGAGAUUGCCACCAGGAGGAAUCUUAAUCUUCUUGACUGGGCAGAAUGAGAUUACCAAUAUGGUGAAGAGAUUAAAAGCUGAAUUCCCAUUCCCAAAGAAACAAUCCAGAUUCAACAAAGAAGAAGAAGAUGUUAAAGUGUUAAUUGAUUCCAAGAAUGCUGACGUUGAAGCUGAAGAUAUUGAUUUGGGUAUUAAACAAAGAUUAGACGGUGAAGAAGAUGAUUAUGAUUCUGAAAGUGAUGAAGAAGGUUUUGAAGAAACUUUAGAAGACCAUCAAACCCCUAACGAUCCAUUACAUGUCCUUCCAUUAUAUUCCUUGUUACCUACUGAGAAACAAAUGAAGGUAUUUGAAGAACCUCCUAAAGGUAGCAGAAUGUGUAUUGUAGCUACCAAUGUUGCUGAAACUUCAUUAACCAUUCCUGGGAUCAGAUACGUUGUUGAUUGUGGUAGAUCAAAGGAAAGAAAAUAUAACAAAGAAACGGCAAUCCAAUCAUUUGAAAUUGAUUGGAUAUCUAAAGCAUCAGCAGAUCAAAGAGCUGGUAGAGCUGGGAGAACAGGAGCUGGUCAUUGUUAUAGAUUAUUUUCUUCAGCAAUUUAUGAAGAUCAUUUCAAUCAAUUCACCGAUCCUGAAAUCAUGAGAAUGCCGGUGGAAAGUACAGUGUUAUCCAUGAAAAGUAUGGGUAUCGACCAAGUUGUAAAUUUCCCCUUCCCAACUCCCCCAGAUCGUUUAGCCUUGUCCACAGCUGAAAAGAUUUUAUCAGUGUUGGGAGCUUUAAAUAAAGAUAAAGCCAUUACUACUUUGGGUAAAGCCAUGUCACAUUUCCCAUUAUCUCCUAGAUUUGCUAAGAUUUUAAUCAUUGGGAAUCAAGGUGGUUGUUUACCAUAUAUCAUCGCUUUGGUAUCAGCCUUAACCGUGGGUGAUCCUUUCAUUUCUGAACAAGAAGUCAUACAAGGAGAAGCCUUUGAAAGUAAUGAUGAUGAAAACAAAAAGGCAACUAUCACCAAUUUCAGGAAAUCCCGUUCUUUAUUUGGAAAGUUGAGUAAUACUAGUGACGCUUUGUGUCUUUUAUCGGUAGUUUGUGCAUUUGAUCAUGUUCCUAAGGAUAAACAAGAUGAAUUCCUCAACAACAAUUUCUUGAGACCAAGAAUCAUGAAAGAAAUAAGCAUGUUGAGACAACAAAUUACUUAUAUUGUCAAAAUCAAUACCAAGCUGGAAAGUAUUGCUUCUGUUUUACAAGAUUCUCAAUUGAAAUUAGGAGUUCCUAACAAAAAGCAAGUCCAAAGCUUAAAACAAAUCAUUGCUUCAGGAUUCAUUGAUCAAAUAGCUAUAAGGACUGAUCUUGUUUCUAGUGAUGUUAACACCCCUAAAAAUCCAAAUAUAGUCAGCAUACCUUAUACUACAUUGACAGCCACCACACAAAUUGAUGAUCAAACUGAUAACCAUGUUUAUAUUCACCCUAGUUCCACAUUAUCAACUAUUGGGGAAUUACCUCCAGAUAUGUUAGUUUAUCAAUUACUUAAUAUGAGUUCUAAUAGAACUGAGGGAGUUUUGACCAAAACCAGAAUGAAACCUUUGGUUGACAUUUCCGGUAAGCAAUUAGCCAAUAUUUCGAAAGGCUCACCAUUACUUACCUAUUCCAAACCUUUAGGUAAUAAAUAUGCACCCAAGAAUCUUAGUCCAACUAAAAGAGAAUGUUAUGUUAUUCCCCGUUUUGGAGCUGCUAUUGGUUCUGGGGGUGUUGGUUGGGAUCUUCCAGUCAUCAAAGUCAUACAAAAUAAGAUUAAUGGUCAAUGGGUAACUGAAUAG